AAAAAAACCCACCGCGGAACAUUAAUUUUGGAAAGCAAGUUUCGAGCUGACACCGUGUAGUAGAAAACAUGGCGGCAAUUAGCACGAAACAAAAGCUUCUAACCCUAAUAGAUGAUAUUGAAAUCGUAUCUAAGGAGUUGUUCGAUGUGAUGAGCACCCCGAAAAACCAACAGAAGACAGAUGCACCAGAUCCUGCCCUUUUGAUGGAACUGCUUGUCCAGAAAGACAAAGAAAUGAAAGAAUCGUUAAAACUUGCUGAAGAACAGAUGGAUAUCCAGAAAAUUAUGGAUGAAUUAAAAAUGGAAGUUGAAAAGCGAGAUACCGAUAUCAGAAAUUUACAGAAGAACUUCAAAGAAGCAGAAACCAUUUUAGCAACUGCAAUCUACCAAGCGAAGCAGAAAUUGAACUCCAUUGCCCAAGCUAACAAAAAGACAAUAUCAUCUGAGGAACUUAUCAAAUUUGCACACAGAAUCAGUGCCAGUAAUGCUAUUGCAGCACCUGUUACAUGGGCACCUGGUACUGUAUUGGUUUCUUACUCUUUUCUACAUGUCUACAUGUUACUGUUGCUCACCUUUUUUUAUUCCAUUUCAAAAGCAUAUCACAAAGGGAAUACCAGUCCAAACAGUUCUUUUCUGAGAGUUUGUGAGGGACCCAUACAUUAUUGUGAGAAAUGUAUCCUAGCUUCACUAGGUGUUCCUGAGCUGUACUUUUAGAAACUUUCAAUUCCCCUGCAAGUUCUCUAGUCGUAAUAUUUGAGUUUUCUUUGAUUUUUGUCUUCAAAACAUCUUCAUCCAGUUUUGAAGGUCUUCCACUGCGACCGUCAUCUUCCAAGCUAAACUCUCCAGCUUUAAAUUUUGCAAACCACCUUCGAACUGUUGAUUCACCUACAGAUAACCAGAAUGAAAGAUAAAUCUAUUUUUAGUCAGGAACAAAGAAGAGAUGCAUUACCACUUGAAGCAAUGCCAAAGUUUUAACUGUGUUACGUUUCAGGUGUGUUCAAUGAAGCGUUAAAAGAUUUAACUUAGAACUUUCCGGACAACCUAAUGAGGAGGUAGCUUUGUGGCUGGUCAAGAUAUAAUAUUUUAAAACUGUUUUAUGGUUGCUAUUGUUUAGCAAUAUUCAUGU